AUUCAACAUGGCUGCCGCCGUUUCUUCCCUCGUUUCCUACGGGAGCGACUCUGACUCGGAAAACGAGUCAGAAUCCGGAGCCAGAACCCAGAAGGUUGAGUCAGUGGGUCCGGAUGCCAUGGCUCACCUCAAACCCGUGAAGUCUGGCGGAGCUUUGACUUUGUCUGUCCUCAAUUCUGCCCCUGAAGUCGCUGUAAAGGAGGCUGUUUUGACUGGCAUACACUUGGACCCUUCACUGAAAGAAGUUGCUUUCAACCCAACAUUUGAAACCAUGUUUGCACCCGAGUUUGGGCCAUUGAAUCCUUUUAAGACCCAGCAGAUGUCUGCUCCCAGGAACAUGUUAUCUGGUUAUGCAGAACCUGCUCACGUCAAUGACUUUAUGUUUGAACAGCAAAGAAGGACUUUCUCCACGUAUGGUUACGCUUUAGAUCCUUCUGUUGACACACACCAAGUAUCUUCUAGUAGCUACAUUGGUGCAGUGGAUGAGGCCGAGAAAAACAAAGGGUUGACUGUGUUUGAAACUUGUCAGAAGAAGGGAGAGAAAAGGAGGAAGAUCAAAGGUGGAGCAGCUGGAGAUAUAGACAACUUCCUUGGGCCAUGGGCAAAAUAUGUAGAUGAGAAAGAUGUGGCGAAACCCUCAGAGGAAGAGCAGAAGGAGCUGGAUGAAAUCACAGCCAAAAGGCAAAAGAAGGGGAAGAAUGAGGAGGAGGCUCCUGGAGAAGAGAAGACAAUUCUCCACGUCAAGGACAUGUAUGACUACCAAGGCAGGUCAUACCUCCAUGUUCCACAGGACGUGGGCAUCAACCUGCGUUCUGCAGAGACCCCGGACAAGUGUUACCUUCCGAAGAAACAGAUUCAUGUCUGGUCUGGACACACCAAGGGUGUCAGCGCUAUCCGAUUGUUUCCCAGCUCCGGUCACCUGCUGCUCUCUAGCUCCAUGGACUCCAAGAUCAAGCUGUGGGAGGUGUACGCUGAGAGGAGGUGUAUCAGGACAUUCAUCGGUCACAGCAAAGCGGUGCGAGACAUUUGCUUCAACAACACCGGGACCCAGUUUCUCAGUGCUGCAUACGACCGCUAUCUCAAACUGUGGGACUCUGAGACAGGCCAGUGUAUUUCCCGCUUCACCAACAGGAAAGUUCCGUACUGUGUCAAGUUCAACCCAGACGAGGACAAACAGAACCUUUUUGUGGCCGGCAUGUCGGAUAAGAAGAUUGUUCAGUGGGAUGUCAGGACUGGCGAGGUGGUUCAGGAGUAUGAUCGCCACCUGGGUGCCGUCAACACAAUCACCUUUGUUGAUGAAAAUCGCCGCUUCGUGAGCACAUCCGACGACAAGAGUCUUCGAGUUUGGGAGUGGGACAUCCCUGUGGACUUCAAGUACAUCGCUGAGCCCAGUAUGCACUCGAUGCCAGCUGUGACUCUGUCUCCCAACGGUAAAUGGCUGGCGUGCCAGUCCAUGGACAACCAGAUACUUAUCUUUGGAGCCCAAAACCGCUUCAGACUGAACAAAAAGAAGGUCUUCAAGGGUCACAUGGUGGCUGGUUAUGCCUGCCAAGUGGAUUUCUCCCCAGACAUGAGCUACGUGGUGUCAGGAGAUGCAGACGGCAAGCUGAACAUCUGGGACUGGAAGACCACCAAGCUCUACCACAGGAUCAAGGCUCACGACAAGGUGUGCAUCAGCGCCCUGUGGCACCCGCACGAAACCUCCAAGGUCAUCACCUGCGGCUGGGAUGGACAGAUCAAACUCUGGGAUUAGAUCUGUCGCAGAGUUCGCGUUCAUCUCCUGAGGAAUGAUGUGCUGAACUGUGAAGCAUGAUAUUUUUUUGAGUGAAAGCCAAAGGACUGGUAUCCAGUCUUAUUGGAAAAGUGUAUUUUUUUAUCCUGUAAUGAGAAUUAGAACGUGUACACAUGCUAAUUUUAAACAUUGUCUCAACUGCAAAAGGAGAAUUGGAGGAUACUUUUUUUUUUUGUUUUUUUUUUAAAAGUCUUGUGCAGUACACUUUAGAUGUCAUCAAUCUAUAAAGAAGGUAAAGUUUUUCAGU